AAUAGUAAUACAAUGCCAAGUAAGUUACGUAGCAGUCAAACUGACGCUUCUUCCGCCGUUACCACUCCCACGCGCUCCGGCUUCUUCUUCACUCAAACUACAUUCCCAAAUCCCAAGCACACAUGUCGAUGUUGUUAUGUCUGCUCGCGACAAAAAAACAUGCGAACCAGAGGAACAAAGGAUUAGUGUUUUCGACUUGAACCAGAAAUAACACCACCCCGUUUCCAGACUCUCAUGAAAAACCGCCCUGAUAGUUUGAUAUACACAACAACCUCCAUAGAGAUUACAGAAAUUUCGCACCUUCCUUGCCCUUUCUCUCCCUCUUCCAAGAUCACGACCAGUAAACGAUUGAGUUGACUCGGCGGCUGACUCAUUGACUCCGCGGCGGAUAUGGCAUCGGAGAACCAGCGAAUUGAAGACGAGCUCUCCUACCCGAUUCUACUGGCGGAGCGAAUCCGCAAGUCCGUCGACGAGGCUGAAUCCUUCAAAUUUGAGUGUUCCGAAGUGUGGAAGCAAGUGGAUCGCCUUCUUCAAAUGCUUCGAACCCUGGUUCGCUUCGCCAGCACUACCCCUUCACUCUACGAGGUACCAAUUCGGCGCGUGGCUGCUGAGUGUUCGAAAAACCUCGAACGCGCCGUUACCCUAGUCCGAAAAUGCAAGCGACAGAGCUUUCUACGAAGGGUUGUUAAUAUUGUUAGCACCGCCGAUUUCCGCAAAGUUCUGAACUAUCUAGAAGCUUCUGUGGGCGACAUGAAAUGGCUUCUCAGUAUCUUCGACACCGACGGCACCGGUGGCGGCGGGAUUGAGCUGUCUCUUCCUCCAAUUGCCAGCAACGACCCGAUUCUCUCGUGGGUUUGGUCUUUCAUCGCUUCUAUUCAAAUGGGUCAGUUGAAUGAUCGAAUUGAAGCUGCGAAUGAACUAGCUGCUGUUGCACAAGACAAUGAUAGGAACAAGAAAAUUAUUGUUGAAGAAGGUGGGAUUCCUCCAUUGUUGAAGCUUUUUAAGGAAAGUGCACUUCCAAGUGCUCAAAUUGCAGCUGCUAGUGCGUUAUGUAUCUUGGCAAACGAUGUCGACGGAGUUAGGACGAUUGUGAACGGGCUAGGAGUUCCAAUUGUCGUGCAGGUUCUGGGAGAUUCACCGAUGAGGGUUCAGAUUCGAGCAGCGAAUUUGGUGGCUAGAAUGGCAGAACAUGACCCUCUUGCCCAGGAGGAUUUUGCCAGGGAGAAUGCUAUUAGGCCGCUUGUGACACUGUUGUCUUUCGAUACUUUUGAUGAUGACCAUGCCGGUCAAUUGGGUAAGCAGAGUAUGCAUACUAUUAUGCAAAUUAACAGGGAAUUAGAGAAAAAGCUAUUGGUUACCUCAAGUAAUCGCCAGUUUACGAGUUCAUAUUCGAAUUCAUAUUCACAUAUGGAAGGAAGUAGCCGGGUGGGGAAUCACAGGAAGGAGAGGGAGAAUGAGGAGCCUGAGGUGAAGCUUAAGUUGAAGAUUAGCUGUGCCGAGGCUUUAUGGAUGCUGGCCAAAGGAAGUGUGUCAAAUAGCAGGAAAAUAACUGAGACAAAAGGGAUGCUUUGUUUGGCUAGGUUGGUUGAGAAGGAGCAAGGAGAGCUUCAGUACAAUUGCUUGAUGACAAUAAUGGAGAUUACUGCUGCGGCUGAAUCCAACGCUGAUCUUCGCCGGGCAGCAUUUAAGACUAAUUCACCCGCUGCUAAAGCUGUGGUGGAACAGCUCUUAAGGGUGAUUAAGGAGAUUGACAGCCCACUGCUGCAAAUUCCAGCCAUAAAGUCAAUUGGUUCAUUAGCUAGGACAUUUCCUGCAAGAGAGACUCGGGUGAUUGGCCCUCUAGUAACGCAAAUAAGUCAUAAAGUGUCUGAUGUAGCAACUGAAGCAGUCAUUGCACUUUGCAAGUUUGCUUCUCCAGAGAAUUUCCUAUGUGUGGAGCACUCCAAGGCAAUAAUUGAGUUCAAUGGCGUCCCUUCUCUUAUGAGAUUCCUGCGGCGUAAUGAAGACACUCAAUUGCAUGGACUAAUUCUUCUCUGCUACCUUGCACUGCAUGCUGGCAACAGUGAAUCCUUGGAACAAGAAAGGGUAUUGACAACUUUAGAGGGUGUUGAUCGAACAGUUAUUUCUCAGCAUCCAGCGAUAAAAGAAUUAGUAUCAAAGGCAUUAGUUCACCUCAAUCUGUACCAUGCUGGAACCCAUUCUCAAAGGAUGUCAUAUUAUCCUUGAUUACUUGUUCAGUUAGUUGGCCGGCUCUGUUUUCAUAGGUUCAUCAGUAUACCAAUGAGUUAGUUGCAUACUAUGAAUCACUGAUACUGGAAAAGAAGUCAUAUUCUGUCAGGACUCGCGCCUUGAUCAAUCGUCGACGCUAAUAUUCUGCGAACUCAAAUAUGCUUUGCUCAGAUAGGAACGUCCUUUUUGCAAUAACUUAUAAGACCAUUGAAAGUGUCAAUCCAGAUAUGCUUCAUAUGUGGUGGCAUGCUUUUAUGCAGAAGAAACUCAACAUAGGUAAGGCUAGAAGUAAUAUUUAGCUGGCAGAUUAGACAUGGAAAUCCCGUGGGUUUAUGAUGGUUCUGAAAAUCUUUAAUUUAAUGUUGGAAUAUAUCCUCCCCAUGUUCUCAAACAAGUCAUGUAGCUUUUUACGGAUUUGAGAAAUUCUCAAUAUCUGGUUGCCCUCAAGUUCUGAAAGCAUCAAGCCAAGCCUGUGAUCCUGGGAAUUGUUGAAACUUUGUUCCAAAAAGAAUGGACUGAGUAUCAAGACGCAAUAUUGAGCCGAGGGCAUGAUUUGUCUUUGUGGAUACUCUUUAACUUGUAUUCACGUGAUCGGUAGUUCAUUCUGGUUGGUUUCUUUCUUUUUUUUUUUUAGUGGAAAACUGAACAACUUGCAUUCACAAACUAAAGCAGACAGGCAGAAAACAAGACAUGAUACAAUAUCUUUCGUUAUUUACCACCUCCAAAUGGUAAGGUGGGUGAUUGACAAAGAUACAAAAUUCAUCUUCAAGAUCAUAAGCUAGUCUAGCUGCUA